UUUCUUGCCGUUGUGAAUUUUCGCCACGUUCUCCUCCUCCUCCUCCUCCUGCCCAACUCUUCGGGUGGAUUUGAGAGAAAUGAGUGAGAGGAGGCGAUCGGCCGCAGCUCUGAGCUCUAGAGCCCACGCGUUUUCCGUGGAAGCCCUGAUCGGCUCCAACAAGAAGAGGAAGCUCCGGGGCUGGGAGGAGAAGGAGCUGGAGUUGUCCAUGGAGAGCCUCGCCACGGACGGAGAGGAUCCGGCGCACUGUCUGGAUAUGGACCCGGACUCAGAGGCGAGCCCCGGCUCGGAUGGAGAGGGUCUGGCCGAGAGGACGUCGUGCUCCUUCGGCUCGCCCGCCGACCUGGCCCCGGGCGCCUGCGACGCCUCGCCCUCGGCCUCCAUGGAGGAGAUCCAGGUGGAGCUGCAGUGCGCCGACCUCUGGAAGCGUUUCCACGACAUCGGCACGGAGAUGAUCAUCACCAAGGCCGGCAGGAGGAUGUUUCCGGCCAUGAGGGUAAAAAUCGCCGGCCUGGACCCGCACCAGCAGUACUACAUCGCGAUGGACAUCGUGCCAGUGGACAACAAGAGAUACAGGUACGUGUACCACAGCUCCAAGUGGAUGGUGGCGGGAAACGCGGACUCCCCGGUGCCGCCGCGGGUUUACAUCCAUCCGGACUCUCUGGCUUCAGGAGACACCUGGAUGAGGCAGGUGGUCAGCUUCGACAAGCUCAAGCUCACCAACAACGAGUUGGACGACCAGGGACACAUCAUCCUUCACUCCAUGCACAAGUAUCAGCCUCGGGUUCACAUCAUCAGGAAGGACUCCAGCAGUGAGCUGUCUGCUAACAAACCAGUGCCGAGCGGGGAGGGCGUUAAAACGUUCAGCUUCUCCGAAACCGUCUUUACGACCGUCACCGCCUACCAGAACCAGCAGAUCACCAGACUAAAGAUUGAUCGCAACCCCUUUGCCAAAGGAUUCCGGGACUCGGGCCGAAACAGAACCGGCCUGGAGGCCAUCAUGGAGACGUACGCUUUCUGGAGACCUCCUGUGAGGACCCUCACGUUUGAGGAUUUCACCAACAUGCAGAAGCAGCAAGGUGGCAGCACCGGGACGUCUCCCACCACCUCCAGCACGGGAACGCCUUCACCGUCCGGCGCGGCCCACCUCCUCUCCCCCUCCUGCUCCCCUCCCGCCUUCCACCUGGCCCCCAAUACGUUCAACGUCGGCUGCAGAGAGAGCCAGCUCUGCAACCUGGGCCUGUCAGAGUACCCUGCCUGCGCCCGCAGCAACAUGGCGGCUUUGCAAGGCUACGGCGGCCUGACCGACGGCUCCUACGGCCGCCUCCAGGCGGCGGGAGGAGCCGUGGCGUCCGCCCAGCCAUCGGAAUCCUUCCUGCCGCAAAGAACUUCCUCCCUGAUCGCCGCGGGCAUGCAGGGCGGCGCCCACGGUUCCCUGGCCGGCGGCGGAAGCGGUGGAGGCGGCGGUGGUGCUGCCGGCGGCAAGAUGGACGCCUACGGCGGACAGCUGGGCUCGUUCCCGGCCUCCCAGCUUCAGUACGUGAUGCAGGCUGGCGGGAGCUCCGGUUCCGCCUCGUCCUCUUCGUCAGGGUCGUCUCCGUCCUCCGCCCACAUGUUCGGCAGCGGCCACCACCACGUGCAGCAGGGAUCUUACAACGCUUUCUCCCUCCACAACCCCUACAACCUGUAUGGAUACAACUUCCCCGCCUCGCCUCGCCUGGCCACCAGCCCGGAGAAGCCCCAGGCGGGGCUGCUCUGCUCCUCGGCCCCCGCCGGCGCCUUCGCCGAGCGCCAGUACCUGCCCAACGGCGGCAUGGACACGAUGCACAUGAUCGGCAACGCGGCGGGCGGCCAGCAGGGCGGCAGCUCCUGCGACGGACGUCAGUACGGCUCAUCCUCUCAGAUGUCCAUGCACAUGGUGUGAAAACCGCGACCUCGACCUUCUCCACAUCGCUGAAACGAUUUCAGGUGAAAAAAGGGAAGGAGAAAAAAAAACUGCAGUUGGUGAGUGUUGGUUUAAACCAACAACGUUCACGUUUCAGAAACACGCCUACCACUCCAAACGCAAUAAAAACAAAAGCAGGUAUAAACUUCUAUUUAAUUAUUUUAUAUUGAUCUUGACAGCAGCUCAAUGUUCUUACCGUUUGAAGGCAAAUUUGGAGAAGUGGAAAUGGAGUAGAGAAGGAAGUCUAUGUGUUACGGUGCAAUAAUAAUAGAAACAGCUCCAGUGUCAUCCAGAGGUUUUUUGUUUGUUUUUUUCACUUCAAGCGGUGCUUGUGCCGUUUCGGUUGAGGGACGUCAAAGAGUUGGCGGCUCUCUGUGGAGCUCGGAGGUUUUGGACAGAAUGAAAGGGACAACUGGACAGCGCCAGUGAGCGGUUCACUGCUGGAGGUGGAGGACCUGGGCGCGGUGGAGGCUGCUGACGGAGGAAAACAGAGCCGGUUCUUUUCGCUGUAUAGUAAAAUGUGAGAACAGGACUCCAACCAGGCAACUCCACCCACCUGUCUUCCGCAAAAACUAGAACUCCUCACAAUGUUUCCGGGAUUUAUGUGAUUAUAUAUAAUUAUAUAUAUAUAUAUAUGCAUAUAGUGGAAAAGGAUUUGCCUCCUUGCAGAUUUUUUCUUGCAUUCUUUCUAUUUUAUCCCUUCUAAAUGUUUCAGAUCAUAUCAGACAAAGAGAACGUGAGUAAAUACAAAAAUUAGAAUCAUAAAAUGACUGGGUGUUUCCACACCUGACAGUCCAGUAGACUCGGUUUGAUUUGUUGCAUUCUCAGCAGUUUGCUUUCACACUGCACUGUCAAACGAUCCAGA